AUGUCAGCUGAACCAGCCUCAGCGACGUCAGCAAUCUUCUCUUCCGUGGCGGGGUUGUACGUCUUGAAAGUCUUGCACAAGAUAGAAGGCACAAACUGGCCAUUAAUCAGCAGGUUGGUUUACUUCACGGAAACGUGGGACGAAAAGCGGCGUGGCAACACAAGCGGUGAGGCCUCAAUGGCAGUUACGGUUGUCUUCGUCGCGAAGGCACUCGCUGGGAAGCGGGUAGAUCGACGUAGCAUUUGGUGCUGCAUGAAAAAGGCGUGCCGCACCUUGCCUGCGGACCGUGGACGUCUUUUCAACAAGCUCGCAGACCUCAUCGAGGAGAACAUCGAUGAGCUGGCUGCUCUUGAGGCCCUCGAUAAUGGCAAGCCAUGUGCUGAGGCCAAGGGUGCCGACUUCGGCCUCCUUUAUUCGUUUGGUCGUCCUGUCUGCGCGUCGGUGAACUCAUUGUGGAGGCUAAAAUUCCCUAAGGGUGUGGUCAACAUUGUACCAGGUGCGGCUGGCCCUUACCUCGCGCAGCACCCGAAUGUCGACAAGGUCGCUUUCACAAGUUCCACCGAGGUUGGCUACCAGAUCAUGCGCAAAUCGCACGUAAACAAUAGUAAGCGUGUAACGCAUGAGCUAGGUGGUAAGUCAGCCAAUAUUAUCCUGGACGAUGUCGACAUCGACCUCGCCAUCCAGCAGUCACAGCUUGGUCUGUUUCUAAACCAAGGUCAGUGCUGUAUUGCCGGCACGCGCGUGUACGUUCAAGAAGGCAUUUACGACGAGUUCAUGCGACGCUCGGUGGAGGCUGCUAGGUCUCGUAUCGUGGGCGACCCGUUAGCUUCGCCACGGAGCAGGGAGCUCAGAUCGAUGAGAGGCUGGUUCAUUCAUCCUACUGCAUUCUUGGACGUAACGGACGACAUGGUCAUUUCUCGCGAGGAGAUCUUUGGCCCUAGCAUUGACAAUGCAAUCAAGAUCUCCAACGGCAUUCGAACGGGUACAGUGUAUGUGAACUGCUACGACGUUUUUGAUGCAAACACGCCGUUUGGUGGCUUCAAGGACUCAGGCAUUGGUCGCGAGAAUGGAGAACUUAGCCUGUGCAGUUACUUGGAGUACAAGACUGUGAUCAUGAACGCCCGGACGACUUGA